UUAACGUUAUUCAGUGAGUUCUUAAUUUCUAUUGUUAAUUUCAAUAAAAUAUUUCAUUUAUAGUUUUUCUUUUAAAAUGUAGAUAUGGAAUCUAAGUUGGCUUUGGAGAAGGAAGAACUCAAACACCAGCUGGAUGUUGCACAAAUUAUCGCCAGCGGAGGUUCCGACGUGGAAAGGUUCUACGCUGGUUCCAACGUAUUUCUCACCGGCGGCUCCGGCUUUGUCGGAAAACAUUUAAUUGAGAAGCUAUUUAGAUGUUGUAAUGUGAAUAAAGUUUAUUUAUUAUUGCGAUCAAAAAAAGGGAAAUCUGUACAGCAACGAAUUGAUCAAAUUCUUAAAGACCCUGUCUUCGAAAGUUUACACAAAUGUAAAUCAGAUUUUAAGAUGAACAUAAUACCAAUUGAGGGUGAAAUGGGUGAAAAGGAACUGGGCAUUAAAGAUGCUGAUCGGAAUAUUAUCAUCGAGCAGGUAAAUAUUAUAUUUCACGCGGCUGCAGUUGUAAAUUUUAACGAGAACGUAAAAACUGCAACCCUGAUCAACGUUCGAGGAAUCAGGGAGAUUGUUCGUCUAGCUAAAUGUUGUAAACAAUUAAGGCAAGUGUUAACAUACUAG